AUGUUGUUUUGGAAUAAAAGGCAGUUUGUGCCAGAGGCAACUGAAUACUUCAAUCCAAUGACCGAUAGCAAGGUGGCAAUCAUUACAGGCGGUAACCAGGGUAUUGGAUGGUACACUGUCUUACAUUUGUAUUUACAUGGGUUCAAGAUAUACAUGCUUGCAAGAAAUGAGGAGAGGGCAUUGAAAGCAAUUGAAGAGAUCAAAGUUGAAGCAGAGAAGCGAGUAAGCAAGUACGAUGAAGCUGAGACUAGGCUGAGGUUCUUUGGUAGUAUUCAUUACAUACCCUGUGACUUAUUGGACUUGAAGAAUGUCGAAAAAGCUGCUGAAACUAUAAAAAAAGCUGAAGACCACUUGGAUAUUAUAAUCAAUAAUGCUGGACUCAUGGGAUGUCCGUUCGAGAUGACUAAAGAUAACUAUGAAGUCCAAUUGCAGGUAAACGUGGUAUCCCAUGUUCUUUUGACAUUGUCUUUGUUACCACUUCUUGUGAACUCAAAGGCUCCAAGGGUUGUUCAAGUUUCUUCUCUUGGCCAUAACCUUGCAACUUCAUUUUAUGAGAAUACCAAUGACUUGAAUAAAUCUCCUUCGUCUUAUUAUUCCAUGUUGAGAUAUGGUGUGGCUAAAACAGCCGCAAUUCAUUUUACGGAGGUCUUGGCCAAGAAGUAUCCUAAUAUUUUAUGCGUUGCAGUUCAUCCUGGUGUAAUUGCAACAUCUUUGUACGACUUUGUUUGGUCAACUAAUGGCUUUUUAGGUACAAUCCUGAGCUGGAUAUUCAAGGUAUCUGGAAGUAUAAUUGCCGUCUCCUCUGAGGUUGGUGCUUAUGCUUCACUCAGGGCUGCUUUAGAUAACACUUUGACAGUCGAUCAAAAUAACGGAUGCUUUCUCACAACGGGUGGUGUUAUGUCUAGUGCAAGCAAAGUAGCAAGAAAUAUGGACUACGCAGAGAAGACCUGGAAUUGGAACAUCACUCAGCUUCAAGAACGGGGAUUCAAAUUGAUUGAUUAG